UGUCAAUCGAAAACUGUAGAAAGCAUAAACGCAUUGAGUCAGUAUGCAGCUUCAGGGAACAGUACUAGCGGCGUUAGCAUCGUAUGUUGCCGGCGCCGAACUUACGGCAAGUCCGGCUAAUUUACAGGCGAUAGUCGCAUCUGCUGCUAGUGGUGAUACGAUCAACUUAGAAGCUGGAGAGUACGCUAUUAGUGACCCUAUAGUCGUGGACAAGAAGAUCAUAGUUAAGGGUGCGGAUGCACUUUUUGUUGUUUCUGAUCUUGCUGCACCAGUUUUUGCGUUUGGCAACAUGGAAGGGUACAGUUCCACCUUGGACGGAAUUUCAGUAGGUACACCGGGUGCUGAAGCUUGUGAUCUUGCCGAACCUUAUGCGUUGCAAGCUAACUUCAGUAUCGAAAUCAUGGGAGCUACUGUGUCGAACAACAAGGUUAAUCUUAGGACUGAUGUAGGUAUUUGGCACAACGAGCGAAAGCUCAACGAUUUCUAUUUUGCCGAUUGUCACUACGCUGUCGAUCACCCGGCUAAAUUGACGGGCGGUGUUUACAAACUGCUGGGUAAUUGUCGCUCAGAACUAGACUUUAGUGUUGCUUUCGACAAAUUGGGUGGAGAUGAUGGAUGUGGAACUACAAUCGAAGAUUUUGCCACCUUCACUUCGUACCGUGCUCAGGUUGAAGCACAGUGGGAUGAGUAUGUCGAGAAGGUUGACGAUGAAAACCUUCUUCGGCUACCUGUUACUCGCGAGGGUAAUGCUGUCACGAAUCUUUUGGUACAAAUUGACACUGUGCGCAAUGUCGCAGCUACCAUCAACGCUCAAUACGAAUCCGCGGAGAUUGAGGCUGCCAUCAAUCUGGUAGAUGUAGGAUUCUUCGAUGGUUGGAAUCACUCCAAAAUUCGUCUGGAGAUUCAUUUGCCCGCCCCCUUCACUAUAAGCAACAGCGCAGGUGUUGUAGGUCGAGUUGAGGAAAGCUUCGAGGCUGAAGUGAGCGCGAUCUCAGAGUACGUCGUAGAUGAAUCUUGCAAUGGACAAGCUGUUGGUGAUGAUUGCAUUCAGAACGUCGUGUUUGAUAUUGUUGCAUGCGAUUUAACCGGCGAGUACUCGUUAAAUGAGCUCAUGAUUGCGUGCCAAGAGACGGAUGAUAAUGGCAACCCCGCAGUGUGCCCCGAUAUCCAGUCUGAUCCCGCCACUGUUAUCUUUUUUAUUGACACUAAUAAUUUCUGCGAGGUGGAGGAGUUCGAGCUAGAUGCUCUAUUCGAAUUGUCGAUUGAGGUAUUUGAUUCUGACACCUAUGAUAAUCCCGAGACUAUCUUCGACCUUGGGUCCAUGUCGUACUGGCAGAUCACUGUCGAUACUUCUCUCAGUGGAGUAUCUCUAUACAACGCUGAAGUCACAUAUGUCGAGCGAACCACCGACGGCGAUUGCUCAGGAUUCGCUGAUUAUCUCGGUGAUGUUUCCGAAGGUAACCCCGAAUUUACACAGACGUACGAUCCUGCAGCACAGACCAUUUCCAUGCCUCAUCAAGUUACAGCUCAGAUGGCCUGUGCCACCUCUGACCGUACGGGAAAUGCCAUCACCAUGAACUACACAGUUCUUGUGGAUUACGAUGACGGAUCCGCGCGUCGUCGUCGUUCUCUUGAUGGUAUGAACACACGUGAUGCUGGUGAGGUGGCUGUGGAUCAGGAAGCUGGUGUUCGCUACACCGCUGAAGACCUUGCUCAAGCCGCCGCCGUUGGUGCUGGUGCCGCUGCAGGUGCAACUGCGGCAGCUCACGAGGAGGAGAGCAACAUGAUGCUUAUCGGUGGAGCUAUCGCAGCUAUACUCUUGCUGUGCUGCUGCUGCUGCUGCUUCGUCGUUGCAGGUAUUGUAGUCAUGCGCAGACGCUCAGCAAAGAAAGAAGAGCAAAGUAUUAUCUCUCACCAGUCUGCUAUGGGAUUUUCUGACGGUGGUGCUUCCACUAUGAGUUUCGGAGGUAACAAGGUCUAGAAAUUUCUCCUAGAGAUCAAAUGCACAUAUAGAACACCAAAAUACCCAAAGAAUAUUAAACGAAUUAUCAUUACAACA